GCUGCUGUCUACGCCCCACCCAAGACCAUUGCCGCUGACAGCAGAUGUCGCACCCGAACGCCAACCCUAACGGCUUCCACGGCUUCCGGCAGGACAUGCCGCCGCCCGGCGGGUACGAGAACGUCAAGUUCAAGCGCAACCUGCCCAUCCGUGGUGUUGGCGGCAUUGCCAUGUUCGGCGGGUGCAUCGCCAUUUGCGCCUUCGGCUUCUGGCGCUACGGCGCGGGUGUCAACGAGAAGCGUGAACUCGCCCGCGAGAACGCAUGGUCGCGCAUCUACCUCGUCCCGGCGAUGCUUGCCGAGCAGGACCGCGACGAGUAUCGCCGGUCACAGGCGGCUUUGGCGCGCGAGAAGGAGAUUAUGAAGGACGUCGAGGGCUGGGAGGCUGGCAAGUCGGUUUACAACGGGAAGCGGUAUACUCCCAGCACCAUUGCCGUGCUCUAAGCGGCAGAAUGUAUACAUGGCAACGG